AUGGCGGCUCGUCUGUUCUUUUCCUUCGGGCUUCUGAGCACCGCUGUGCUUGCCUCCCCUCCGGAAACCGCCAUCGCAGCCCGCGCUUUUGACUGCUCUCCGGGAUCGGAAACAGGACUUAAGCCCGAGUGCUGGGCUCAGUUGAACGUGUCAGACUACAUCACCAAAUGGCUGGCUGAGAACGGCACCAAGGCCGACUGCGACAACCUGGGAUUCGCCCAGUGUUUCUUGGCUUUCAACGGCUACGGUGGUCGAACUUGCGAUACCCUCACUCGCGAUACGUGUGCAGCCUUUGAAACUGCCGGUGUCGACGCCGCCUACUCUUCGCCGCAACAAUUCUACACUCUUUGGAACAUCUACGCCAUUUCUCAGUUUUUCAAUCAGUUCUCGGAGGCUCUUUGGAAUGGCCACACCCUCGCUGCGGAUACGAUCGGGGACAUCGUUGCCACCGUCUCCCCAUCUACCGACCCUGAAGUUCCAAGCAACUUAUUGUGGACUUCGAUCUCUGGCGGAUUCUGGAUGGCCGCCGUUGGUGCCUUUGCCAAUCCCCUCCUGGCUGGAGUCGCCACGGGCAUGGCUGUUGUCACAGGAAUGAGCUCUUUCUUCAUGUCCUCAGUGGCAGGCUCUUCCAACUCGCGAUUCAUCACUCUCGGUGAGAUCGGGAGCAGCCUUGCUCAGCUUAUCAUUGACUACCAAGGUAGCCUCGAAGGCGCCUUGAAGGAGCUUCAGGGCAACAGCACCCUGUUCCUGGCCGCAACGGAGCCUGGUGGCUUCAGCCAGCGUGCUGUGACCAGCUUGAAUCUCCAAUCCACCGAGCUCUACCACGAUCUGCAACUCUAUAUUCUUUCUCUAUCUCUCAAGGCCAACGGCAUCGUUUCCACUCGCUCGACCGGCGUCAAUGCCCUCGACUACGCACCCGACACCAACGGCGCCGUCUCAUGCCCUGGUCUUGGUCCCGCGGGUAAUUGCUACCAAUUCUGGAUCGACCCGGAUACGGGCGACUCGUACGCGCUGCACAACCCGAAGGACUGGAAGAACGACUAUGUCGAUGUGCUCAACAAGAUUCAUGACAAGAACUGGGCGAACCUCAGUGAGAUUUUCAAGGUGGAGGAUUGCCAGGGCAAAGAUCCGAGCUUUGACGGAAAAACGAAAGUGACUUGCCUGGCGUCGCACGGAUUUUGCGAGUGGGAUUACGUUGAUCAAGACACCGUCACCAAGUCCAGGACGGCUAACAAGCAGUUCACCAAUUGUGACAACGACAAAUCGUGGGGCACUCUUUGUGACUGGAUGAACGGUGGUCUUGUGAUGCCCGAGGCCUACCUCGGACCUCUCUUCAAGUUCCAGGAGCCUGCGUGGUGCAGAGAGCACUAG